GAGUAGGAUUCGGUCCAUAAAUAUUUAUUCACAGGCAACGAUAAUGAAAUUCAAUUAUGGAAUCUAAAAACCAACUAUAGUGAUUCCAAGGAAUAAAAUCAUAGGAUGCACUGCUUUUAAUCAGACUCAGUGCGACCAAUGCACUGAUGCUGUCAUCUCCGACCGCGUCCAUUUUGUUCGCAAAACAACCACCAUUAAACCCUCUCAACUACCUCCGCCGACUGCUCCGCUUCCCACCGCCACCGCCACCGCCACCCUAUUUUAUCUUUAAUUCUCAGCUUUUUUGGAAGUGUUGUAUAUUUCUCAGAACCCGCCAAAUCUCGCCCUAAAUUUAGCCGCCGGUGACGCAUCUAAAUCAAGUCCGAGAAGGCUCUAAAAAUUCAACAUAACAGCUCUAAUUCAAUUGUCAUCGUUUUCUUUUUUUGUAUUUUUUUAUUUCCUUAGUUUCGGAAUUUUAUAAUGGUGUCGCUUGAGCUCCACAAUCUCACAAUGGCCAAGAACAGCAACAGCCGGAGCAAAGCGGCUACAUUUCUUUCCGAUGGCUUCAUCUUCGCCGGCGGCACUCUCGUGGCGUUCCUGCUCGUCUGGGCCUUCUGGUCUUUCUUCACCACUACUCCUAUUCCAUCUCCCACCUUCUCCUCCACCACCACCACCGCCGCCACUGACGCGAGCUGCCCCGGUAUCGCAAAGGAUCCCGACCCGCUCUACGACCCGCCUGAAAAGAGCUUCUACGACGACCCGGAACUGCGCUACACCAUCGACUCACCGCCGGUGAAGAACUGGGACGAGAAAAGAAGCGCGUGGCUGAGGCAGCACCCGUCGUUCGCCGCCGGCGCGGAGAACAGAAUAGUGAUGGUGACGGGGUCGCAGGCGGCGCCGUGCAAGAACCCCAUCGGCGACCACCUGCUGCUGAAACUGUUCAAGAACAAGGUAGACUACGGGCGGCGGCACGGCAUCGACGUGUUCUACAACAACGCGCUGCUCCAGCCGCGGAUGUUCUCGUUCUGGGCGAAGACGCCGACGGUGAAGGCGGCGAUGCUGGCCCACCCGGAGGCGGAGUGGAUCUGGUGGGUCGACUCCGACGCCGCCUUCACGGACAUGGACUUCGAGCUCCCACUGGGCCGCUACAAGGCCCACAACAUGGUCAUCCACGGCUGGCCCAAUUUGAUCUACGAGAACAAGAGCUGGACCGGUAUCAACGCGGGCGUCUUCUUGAUCCGAAACUGCCAGUGGGCCAUGGACUUCAUGGACGAGUGGGCGAGCAUGGGCCCACAGCAUGCUGACUAUGACAAAUGGGGCGAGAUUUUGAGAAGCACUUUCAAGGACAAGAUCCGACCCGAAUCCGACGAUCAAUCGGGUCUGGCGUAUCUGCUGUUGAAGGAGAGGGAGAAAUGGGGGGAUAUGAUCUACGUGGAGAAUGGGUACUAUUUCCAGGGGUACUGGGUGGAGAUCGUGGGGACGUUCGAGAACACCACGGCGGAGUACAAGCGGAUGGAGGCGGCGGACGGGCGGCUGAGGCGGCGGCACGCGGAGGGGGUGAGCCGGAGCUACGGGAGGGCGUGGGCGGAGCGGAUGAGGGGCGCGGGGGGCGGGCGGGGGAGCCGGCGGAGGCCGUUCAUCACGCACUUCACGGGGUGCCAGCCCUGCAGUGGGGACCACAACCAGAUGUAUUCGGGUCAGACGUGCUUCGAUGCCAUGCAGAUGGCGCUCACCUUCGCGGACAAUCAGGUGCUCCGGAAUUACGGCUUCGUGCACCCGGAUCUACACGAUCCCUCCACCGUCGAACCCCUGCCGUUCGAUUACCCUGCUUAAUUAGGAGUGAUGCUCAUGCCGUUCCAUUUCUUUUCAUGUUUUGCGGAGGGAGGGAGUUUUAGUAAUUUCUUCUCUUUUUGUGAUGAAUAUAUUAUAUAUGUGAUGUCGUUUCGUUUGAUUUCGUUUUCAUGUUAAUAUCCCUUUUAUGAGUGUCAUUAUUGAUUACACAA